UCAGCUGUAGUAAAAAAUGUUUCCGUUUAUUUUUAUUAUUUAUAAAUAAUUCCGGUCAACAGUGUUGUUAUAAUUUUAAAAUGCGUGGUCCGUAACAACAUCGUUAAAAUACUGAUUAUGUUAUUUCUGUGAUAAACAAACAAUGUAAAUAUUUGAUAAGUAAAGUCCAUUAAAUCAAUUGUUUUAAUUCCAUGGGUAGUGUUAUUUAAUUGUUUUUAUCAAAAUGAUGAAGUCGUUUCGUUUGAUUGUGCACCAAAAAACGUUUAGCGAGGAAGAUUUAAUUAUAAGCCAGAAGGACUACCCUGAUGCCAAACAGGGCGAUAUUGUUGAAAUUUACCAUGACUCUGAGUCAGAGUAUCCCAGACUUUUGUUACAAAUUAAAAACUUCAGGGACGAUUCUCUACAAACAAAAGAUACCAUAAGUGUGGAACACAGCAUAGCGAAUGCAUUUGGUUUGCAGACUUACAAAAAUGUUAUAAUAAAACUUGUGAAUCCCACCGAUGUAGCUUUAGAUUCAAUAGAAUUAACUUUUAAGGACCAAUACAUGGGCAGAUCAGAGAUGUGGAGAUUGAAAAAUUGCCUAAUCAACUCUUGCGUGUACAUGAACAAAAAACUGGAGUUCUGCGGCGGCGCGGUGCGUUGCCAAGUGUACGAGAUGUGGGCGCAAGGCGACAGGGUAGCAUGCGGCGUCAUCACUGACGACACCAAAGUGGUAUUCCGUUCCUCAACAUCGAUGGUGUACCUGUUCCUGCAAAUGUCCUCGGAAAUGUGGGACUUCGACAUAUACGGCGAUUUAUACUUCGAGAAAGCCGUGAAUGGCUUUUUGUCUGAUUUGUUCAUGAAGUGGAAGAAAAACGGCAGCAAUCACGAAGUUACAAUUGUUUUAUUCUCGAGAACUUUCUACGAGGCUAUGAGUUUGGAGGAGUUCCCCGAGCAUAUGAGAGAGUGUCUUCAGAAAGAUUACAAAGGGAGAUACUAUGAAGAUUUCUACAGGGUUGCCGUUCAAAACGAGCGCUUCGACGACUGGAGCGGUAUUCUGGUGCAACUGCGCAAAAUUUUUUCUCAGUACCUUCACACAGUGUUGGAGUAUCAUUCCAGACCCGAUCAAGAAAUCCCGAGUGCCACCAACAGCACUGCAGCCCAAGGAAAUUUCUUGGAAGUAUUAAACAUGUCGUUAAACGUGUUCGAAAAGCAUUACCUGGAUAGAAGUUUUGACAGAACUGGUCAACUUAGCGUGGUUAUCACACCAGGAGUGGGGGUUUUUGAGGUUGACAGGGAGUUGACAAAUAUCACUAAACAAAGAAUUAUUGACAACGGAGUUGGUAGCGAUUUAGUUUGCGUUGGAGAACAACCGUUACAUGCUGUACCUCUAUUAAAGUUUCAUAACAAAGACACACAUUUGAACGUCCCAGACGACUACUCGAUGCCUCAUUGGAUAAACUUGUCGUUCUAUUCAACAAACAAAAAAAUUGCCUACUCCACUUUUAUACCGAGGAUUAAAUUGCCACCUCUACCAACCAAAGAAACCAAAAAAGAUUCACCCAAAACCAAGUUGGUGCCGGAAGACGACUGUAUACACAAUUCCUUCUUCGAUUAUGACGCUUACGACGCUCUCAUCUUUCAGCUACCCCCUGUGCAGCACACUCACGAAACAAGCCACAUACAUUCAAAAAUGCCGCCGCGGUACAAGCGCAGCUCGGGCAGCCUGCUGGAUUCGCAGGAACUGUCUAAAGGUCAGCGUCGCAAAAUGUCGGAUCCCGACAUACAACAUCGCGUCGACUCGAACGCCCGAAGCGACCCGAUCGCCAUUCCGCCCGCCGCGGGGUCUCCCGUGUCUUCGCCGCACGGGGACGUUGACAAAGAACUGUCUCCGCCAGUGCGCAUGGUGGUCGGUUCUGAAGGGUCUCCGCCGCUGGAAUCUCGCGCCCUAAUCAACCCCUUUGACCCAUCGCAUGUUACGAUUAAGCUGACUUCGAAUCGUAGACGUUGGACGCAUAUUUUUCCCAAAGGUCCUACUGGUGUUUUAAUACAACAACAUCACUAUCAAGCGGUUCCUGCUCAAGCUGAGCAUGUCCAAAAUGAAAACGAAAAACCGGAUAAAUGUAUGACCACUUCCGGAAAUUAUCAGUCUUUUUGUGUUACUGCAGCUUUACAGGAUUAUUGUAAAAAACGUCCCAACUUUAGCCACGGCCCGAACGUUGUAACUACAAAAAAUACAACGAAAAGUCAAACUUACUUGUGGGGUGCCACAGGGGAGCAAGAGUGGACCCCGGCUCUAACCACAGCAGUCAAUGACGUCCUAAUAGGAGUGGACUGGAAAUCGCUCACCAUCCCGGCAUGUCUACCAAUCACGACGGACUAUUUUCCGGACAAGAGGGCGUUGCAUCUGGACUACGUCGUUUCUUUGUACAGCUUACUGCCGGACAGCGUUAACGAACACUUCGCGCAGCAGCGCACGAAAGAUAAGAAAUCUUUGACCACAGUGGAGGUUUUUAAAGAGUUGAUCUCCCAGAGGUUGGCGCAAGGUUUUCAGUUAAUUUUAAUGGCCGGAAACAGCGAUAAUAUGGCCACCACGAAUGCCAACCUCAGAGGGGCCGUCAUUAGGAAGAGCCCCACUGAUAGCGACGAGUCUUUUUAUUUGUCUAUUGGCAGGUUGUUUCAUAAGAUUUCACUAUCUGGAAAUACCAUUUCUGUUACAAGAUAUAGACCAAGACAUCCAUAUCCAGGUUUCAACUAUCAAUACAGGUACAGAUUUUACGCGCCGCAUCAUGACAACUAUGAAGAGUCUAUUGCCACCUUCACAACAGAAAAACUGGAACAUUUUAAUUGGAACUAUUUGGAUCAUUAUGUUUGCACAGGUGGCGACACUGAGUUUCUUUUGGUCGACGCUCUAAAAUACUGGAGAUUCCGAGUAUAUCUGUUGCCAUUAAACAACACCGCGACGAAAAAAAUUGUAGAUGGCGCCCCGCACGGUGACAUUUACUCGAUGCCUACCGCGACCGAUCAUCAACAAAUGGUCGAGGGAAUUUUAAAGUUUAUUGAAACCGCAGUGAAUAAAUUAAAACGCCCCACGCCGGUCUCCAAAAAACCCAGGAUGUCCCUGAGUAUACUAAGCAAUCAACCGUUGAUCCAACCGAGACGUAACAGUAUGAGCAAUUUUUCGCAGAACAUAGGAUCAAAUUCGCCAUUUAGGGAACGACUGGGCAGCAAUCGGCUUACAGAGAGACCACGUCCAAGAUCCGGCUCAAAAGUGGAAAGAGUCAAACCAAAUCCAGAAAUGAUCGCUUCUAUGAGCGAAAGCACCGACAAUUUUGGAGAAGAAACUUCCCUCCCUGUAAUCAGCAUAAAACUGACAUCUACGCAUCAAGAAAUCGUGGAGGCGAUGCGCAAUCCGCUAAGUGGCCUUACAUUCAUUGGCUCGCAGCAAAACCUGCCGCAUUCGACUUUUGCCACAGCCGACGCCGUUAAUUGGCUGAUUUCCAACAUGGAGGGGGUAUCUUCUAUAGAGCGAGCCAUACAGGUUUUAAAUGGAUUACAUAGAGAUCAAAUGAUAAGGCACGCUUCAGGGGACAUGCAUAGACCGGUUAUCUAUGGUUUUUACCUGUUUUAUAUUGUCAGCGAUGACUCUUUCCCUACAUAUCCAGAUUUUUCGAGUUUUGAGAAUGAAUGGAUGGAGGUGGAAAUUAAACCCGCUUUAAAUUGGGGUUUAUCAAAAUCACCAACCGCAUUAAAUGUCCCUAGCGCUUUUCCGGAUCGUGAACAUGGUGUGCCACAUUUCUUGUGCGAAAAUAUUGAUGCUGAAUACUCGGAUUGCGAUUUAGAUGGGGUGAUGUAUAAAAGAAUGAGGUUAGAAACGGACGUUCAAAGCAGGAGCGAUAGGGUUGAAUGGGGCCACGCAAAAUACCAAACUGUUUUUAGACCUGACAAGGCCUAUGAGUUAGUUGUGGAGUGGCUAACAUCGUCAGGCUCGAUUGUGGCGGAAUUAUUAUUUGGUUGGCAUCGUAAAGCCCAGGCUUGCGGACUUCAAAUGAUCCCUAUACCCCAUGACCCUUUGGCGCUACCUUAUUCAGAUAAAUCUGAUCCCCUAAGGGGGCCCAUUUUUAUACCCCUUGAUAUUAAGUGUUUGGAAGGGAGGGAUACUAUUUUCAAAGAGUUUGGUCCAGAUACGAGCAUUGAGCGCUUGUUUCUCUUUCAAGAAGCCAUAGUACAAAAAUUCGGCUUUAUUUCUUGCCUUGUGGAACCCCCCAGUAAUGCGUUAAAUGGUUCUCGCGAGCAUCAAUACAUUCAUUCAACUGGUACUAUUUUUGUUUUGGUCUCCACUGUAGCACCGAAGUCCAGAAAUAGGAUUAAUUCAGUUAAUAAUAGCCGCGGUACGGGAAGAUACUCCGUGCAUGCUGACGUUGUACCUAGUCCUCAUGAAGCCUACAUAACCCGCCAUGUUAGCGGGAAAAAUAAGGACGAUUACGAUAAUUCGAGAAAAUUGGGUUUCUUAUGGUCUUGGAACCACAUGGUUAGUAGGAGAUGGCGAACAAACCAAGGGGUCGACAACAAUUUCCAGACGAAAUUGCUAAAAGAUUUUCGCGAAUUCUGUGCCAAUUUGGACAACCGACUAAAAAAUUUCUGGGAAGAAUGCUGGGAAGCCAAAGAAGCAGCUUUUACAUACAGAAACUCCGGCGCCAGUGAUUUUAUAUGAUUUAUUUAUACAAAUCGUGAUUUUAUUCUUUAAUUGUUACCCAUUUUAAUUCAUAACGUGUUAUUUU